CUUUAGACAAGACAAUCCUCGUCGAUGUGUUUAUAACCAAACCCAGCUUAAACGAUCAAAGUACAGCAACAGAGCAACAUGGCGUGCAGUAGCAGGACAAGAAUGAUAGCAUUUGUCGUUGUGUUCAUGAUUGUUGGGGUAUUUGGUCAGUCCCCCUCAACAUCAGUGGCUCCUACCUCAUUAGUAGAAACUGAGUCACCAUCACCAUCUCCAACACAGGCCGCGAUGUCACAAUCUCAGUCAUCCGCAGUGUCACAGGUCAUCCCAUCAUCAGUUCCAGAGCCCGCAACACCUUCGAUGUCACAACCCAUGUCACCCCAAGCAGCCACAUCCAUAAUGUCACAAGUGAUGUCAGAGUCUAUGGUCACAUCCACUUUAGAAAUUAUGUCACCAUCUCCGUUACAAACCCCGUCACCAACCACGUCACCAACAACAUCAGCAACCACGUCACCAACAACAUCAGCAACCACGUCACCAACAGCGUCACCAACCAUGUCACAACCAAAAGAGCCCCCAACAUCACCAACGUCAACUUCUGGAAAGCCAGGAAAAGAGGGAGGCAAAGAUGAGGGGAAGGGUGUUGAGGAAAUUGAUCGUAAAGUGAUUGUGAUUCUGCUGGCCGUAGCUAUUGCCGUGGUGUUUCUGGGCAUGAUGUGCAUAACUGUAGCUGUUUGCUGUGUACUCCGGAAGAUCAAAUGAAUCCCAGGAUGUCAUGGAGGAACAUGCGACAAGGCUUCAACAGAGAAGGGCUGAAGUGACUGAUCAAUCGUUUCCUUUGUUAAAUUCUUUUCUCUUCAAACUAUGACACCUAUGCUUUCUUUUUACUAUCGCUUUAAACGAACAUUAAAUGUUCCAAAGAGACAAGUCUAGCGAGCUCUGACCAUGAGAUCACGCAUCACUUUUCGAUUUAAUCCUUUUACCACUUUGGGGAAAAUGAAACCACCUGGAUUGCUUGGUCCCCAGUGCCCCCGUUUUAAGGAGCACUAACGGAGAGGACAAAAAUUAGUGGAGGUUUUAGUGGAUGUUUACAAUAAGUCAGCUCGUUGGUUGAUUUAUAGUCACUUACAACAGUUCAGAUUUUUUUUAGUGCCUUAGAUUAAGUAUCUUUGAUUUCUUAAAAGUAUUUCUGUUACAUAGAAAUUGGUAAAACAAAAGUUUUUUUAAAUGAUUUUAUGAAGUAUCUAACAUAACACUGUAUAGCAAUAGGUUAACUUUAGGUCACAAAAUCAUAGGAUAAAUAGAGUAACCUUUCCAGUAAACCCCCCCCCCUCUCAUAUACCUCUUUUUCUAUAAAAACUCCCUUCCCCCUCCCCCCUUAUCACAAACUCUAAAAUGUCACAUUGAUGGCCAUCUGUUUGAGCAAGGUGGCUUUAUAGUACAACAUAUAACUGUAGUCUUAAGUCUGUAUUGGCUUUCUUUGUAAGUAACGUCGGUAUUUCACCAAAGGCACGUUGUUUCUUUGCACAAUAAUCAUUGAAUCUGGCUGACAAUUCAAAAGAAUAACAACUACCCUGCGAGGGCCCUCAGUAAGUUUCACGCAAGCCCCCCUCCAAAAUAGAACCCUGUCUGCAAGGGUAAGGAAACUAAUUGCUAAGAGCACCAAAAGAGGAAGGAAGUUGGGGGCUUACUAGGAUGUGUCUUAUAGUGUUAUCGUUUUCAGGAACAACAGUAGCCUUUAUGUGAUCGUUACUGAUUCAGUAAGUUGUAAAUUCCGUCGACCUAUUUGAAUAAAUUUGAUAUUAAUGCUUCCAGGCUUAUAA